AGUGGUAAAUCCGAAUCUAUCACGAUCACCAAUGAAAAGGGCCGUCUCUCUAAGGAAGAGAUCGAGUGCAUGAUUAAGGAAGCCAAAGACUUCGCCUCUGAAGAUAAAGCCUCCCACGCAUGCACCGAGGCAUUAAACUCGCUCUCAUCAUUUGUCUACAGCCUCAAGGCAUAG